CAAUCAUUAGAAGAAGAUCAUCUCCUUCAAUAAAAAGCUUAAUCUCACCGACCCGUCAUUUACUUCCCCAAUCUAUUUACUUGAAAAAAAAAACUUCUCAAUAUUUGAGGUUCCACUUUAGCAAAAUCAUCAGCGAUCAUCAUGAAUUGUGAAGUCUGCCAACUCAAAGAACUGGAAGUUGAGCACUUUGAGAUACGAGAAGUUCUACGUUGCAUCUUACACACGAUUGUGUUUCAUAGAGCUUUGGGUCUGGUCCGGCCUAAAGACAUUGAUUUGGAACUUUUUGACAUUACAUAUGUACAAUGUGGUGAUGUAGAACUUGAGAAAAAGAUAGAGGAGAAGAUUGAUCAAUUCAUAAGUUGGGUAGAGAAACACCCGAAUAAGAAAAGUCAGAUAUGCUUAUCUUUCUAUGAAACGAAAAACAAACAUCCAUCAUGGUUCAACAAAACUGAACGCCUGUUUUGGGAACAUUGGUAUGUCAACUUGCAUGUAACACAACAUACUAAAGCACACUCUGGAAAGUCUCAUCAUUCAAAACCAAUGGUUGACCUAGGAGAAACUGUAUCCGAGGACAGGGGUGUUCGGAGGGAAGCACUUGAAGCAUCUCUUCAUGAGGUUUUAUUCCAAAUAAUAAAAUUUGUGAAUGAGAAAAAAGAUCAUGUUCCCCCCAUAAAUGAAGACAUUAUCUGUUUUCCCUGUGAAAUCACCAUCCCAAGAAGAAAACGGUUUGUUCGCAGUGGGAGCAAGCAACCGCUCUAGAAUAUACCUCUUAAAAUUGGAAAUUUCUCUGAGGCUCAUGAUUAGACUGCUGAGUUAACAUUAUACUGCCAUUACUCAGUUCAUCGGAUUCUCCUUUUGGGAUGGAUGUGUUCAAGAGGAUGCUACAGACCGGGCAUCCAACCAUGCUCAGUUGAUUAUAAUAGUUGGCCACCUGAACCGCUUCGUCGACUACUUGGAGGUUAAAAAGAUUCUAUUAUGUUCGUGAUAUCUUGAAUUGUGUACAUAUCAGGUGGGCGGCGACCUUGUGCAGACUUAUGGGGCAACCAGGGUUUGAUUCUCCCUCGGUGCUUGUUUAGAUGCAUCAUCUUUCGUAAUAUUUGCCUUUGUUUUAUCUCUCCUUUGCCCCUUUACCAUUUCUCUCUUUACUCGACUUAAAGUGCAAUAUAUGUACUCUGUUGAUUCUAGUGCAAUAAUACUAUGCGUAUUAUGUUUCCAGUA